UUUUAUAGUCGGCGGAUGAGGGCGCCUCACCGCCGUUAGACACCCACAUACUUUCUCUCUGCGCGUCCAUUUGAACGGGACUAGAUGAUGAGCGCCAAAUAAGACGAAACCCGUCCACAGGAAAAAGUUCGCUCCCGACUCACGUUUUUCGGUGAUGUGAAAACCUCGAGUGGAGGAGAUCUUUACAGGACACGGGCCGAGGGGAAAACUGCAGGAUUCGUGCCCGUUGGAGCUUCGCGCUGACCAUCAAAUGACCAACUUCUGAAAAGUCGUUCUGGGCUGUUCUUGCAGUUUCUCAGCUCGAAACUUCGCAACAACAUCAUGGCUGUCUUGCUCUCCUCCAACCUUUGUCUCAUACUCCUGGUUUCUGCUUUGGAUUGGCUGCCCACUCCUGCAUCUGCAUUUCUCAUUGACUGGGACCGCACAACAUCAUCAGCUACCCUUGGACCUCACUUCACAGACUGCAUCUCAAGGGACCAGGAGACUUUUCGCUGCUGGUGGAGUCCAGGCAGCCUCCGAAACCUGUCCUCUCCUGGAGCACUGAGAGUAUUUUACCUAAAGAAAGAUUCCCCCACCAGUGAAUGGAAGGAAUGUCCCGAGUACAUCCAUGAAAACAGAGAGUGCUUCUUUGAUGCCAACCACACAUCCGUUUGGAUCCCCUACUGCGUUCAGCUUCGUGGACAAAACGUCACCUAUUUCAAUGAAGACGACUGCUUCACAGUGGAAAAUAUAGUGCGUCCUGACCCGCCCGUGUCUUUAAACUGGACCCUGCUGAACAUAAGCCCCUCUGGCCUCAAUUACGAUGUCUUAGUCAGCUGGAAGCCCCCGCCCUCUGCAGACGUUGGCGUGGGCUGGAUGCGCAUUGAGUAUGAAAUCCAGUACAGAGAGAGGAACGCCACCAACUGGGAAGCACUGGAGAAGCAGCCGCACACCCAGCAGACGAUCUACGGCCUGCAAAUAGGAAAAGAGUACGAAGUGCACAUCCGCUCCAGGAUGCAGGCCUUUGUGAAGUUCGGAGAGUUCAGCGACUCCAUCUUCAUUGAAGUUACAGAAAUUCCCAGUAAAGAUUCCACUGUCCCACUCACUUUGGUUCUCAUUUUUGGGGUUGUGGGGGUCCUGACUGUCAUCAUGCUGAUAGUGAUUUCUCAGCAGCAAAGAAUAAUGAUGAUUCUCUUGCCGCCUGUUCCUGCACCCAAAAUCAAAGGCAUUGAUUCAGAACUGUUGAAGAAGGGGAAACUGGAGGAGUUGAAUUUUAUCCUGAAUGGUGGAGGUGUGGAUGGCCUGCCAGCCUAUGCAACAGAUUUCUACCAGGAAGAGCCAUGGGUGGAGUUCAUUGAGGUGGAUGAGGACGAUGCAGAAGGUGGAGACAAGGAAGACAACUAUAAUUCAGACACUCAGAGGCUCCUUGGUCUCCCACACAGGAAUAUAGAGGGUUUCAGCGCCAUUAGCCACCCUGACGAUGACUCAGGCCGGGCCAGCUGUUACGACACAGAUCUGCCGGAACAUGACACUCAGAGACUCAUGGCGUCCCUGCUGCCGGGCCAACCUGAGGACAACGAAACCUGCCUGAAUGCCCCAGCUUCAGAGACAGGUGAAAAGCCCCUCAUCCAAACUCAAAUCGGGGGACCACAGACUUGGAUCAACACAGACUUAUAUGCCCAGGUCAGCAAUGUUAUGCCAACUGGGGGGGUUGUGCUGUCCCCUGGCCAACAACCUAAAAUCCAGGAGAACACCUCAGGUUCAGAGCGGGAAACACAGAAAGGAGGAAAGCAAAAUGAAGAUGUUGAGGGCAUCAAGGAGCAGAAGAGAAAUGAGCCCCAGUUUCAGCUGUUUGUAGUGGUUCCAGAGGGAGGCGGCUACACCGUCGAGAACAACACCCAGCAGACCAGCACUCCUCCCAGCACUUCGGUGCCUGGCGCAGGGUACCAAACCAUACAGCCUCAGCCAAUGGAGACCAAACCUGCAGCCACGGGAGACACCAACGAGUCCCCGUAUAUUCUCCCCGAGCCUUCCCAGCCUCAGCUCUUUACCCCUGUCGCAGACUACACAGUGGUGCAGGAGUUGGACACGCAUCGCAGUCUGCUCCUUAACCCGCCUCCCAGCCAAUCUCCCUCUUUGUGCCAGUCACAGCAUCCCCUCAAAGUCCCAAUGCCUGUGGGGUACGUCACCCCCGACCUGCUGGGGAAUCUCUCACCAUGAGCGGACAGGAUCAUCAGGCCUUAACUACAGGUACAGGCCUAUUGGACAGGACGUCAAUAUGAAGUCACCCUACCUGAUUCCUGAUGACAACCAAAAACAACUUACAAAACUGCAGGACACUGGAUGAAUAAGUGUGUGAAUUAACCAGAUGAUACAAAAGGGAGAUAUACAGGUGCAUCUCAACAAAUUAAAAUCUAAUUGAAAACUAUUUUUUCAGCAAUUCUAUUUAAGAAGUAAAUGUAAAAAAAUGGAAUAGUCUGAUUUGACACAGAAUGAUAAUGAUCAAGCAUUUGUUUGUCAAUUUUGAUGAUUAUGUCUUACAGCUACUGAAAGUCAAAAAUUUGGUUUCCCUGAAAAUGUUAGCAUUCUAUAAUUUCAUUAUUUAUUGGCCUGAUGUAAUAAAUUUUAUACAACCUAAACUUUGGAUUGUCAUUGCCUUUAAUCAUAAAAUUUGGGAAACAAAUGCAAUAUGUCUCUUUGUGUGUAAUAAAUGUACAUAAUAGAUGAAUUACACUUAAAUUGGAUUGCUGAAAAAAAAUAACUUCUUAACAAUAUAGUAAUUUAUUGAGAUGCGCUAAAAAUUGUACUCUUACAUUAGUCCCCACUGAAUCAGACUCUUAAUUUUUGGCCGAAACACACUGAGGGUAAUAACAUCACAAAAACAUCACAAGCAGAAUGCAAAGUUUGCAUCAAUGCAUGAUUGUAGUAAGUGAAAAAAUACCUAUAUGUAUACAGUAUGUGUGAAAAAUUGCCUUAGAUUGCCUUACAGUCUUAAUAUUGAAUGUGAAGUCAGUAUAUCAAUGAGAAGAGAAAGAGACAGUAGCCAUGUUUUUAACUACACAGUAAUUCGGCUUUGACAGUACUUGUCUUUUUGAGGUUUAAUGCCCAUCACACUUACUGUAUUCCAAAGUUUCCUAUUUCACCAUGUCAUACUGAUAGUACUUCACAAGAGAUAUAUUUUUAUACAAAACACAAAACGUUUGAGCAAAGCAAUGUAGAUUUGAAUCUCUAUCUUUGUUUCUUAAAAAAAAAAAAGGAAAAAAGUUUUAUCUUUUGUAGUCAUUGGUUUUAGCUGCACCAAAUGUCAACAAUAAAACCAAAGUUAGGUUGACCACUAAGGGUUUCUUAAGGGUCACUAGGUUCCAAUCAGGAAUGCAGGGAAGUACUUGCAAAAACAAAUGCAGAUAAUUUAUGUGAAAGGGAAACUAAAAUACUUGACUUAAUAAUUCCAAGAUUAAUUUGAAUAGAUUUUGUUGGACUUGUUACUUUUAACUAAAAAAAAAAUUUAAUGAAACAAUAUGUUCACAUCAACACAGAACUUUGAUCACUGACUGUAGUCAUUAAGGGUUUAUUUACUCAGAUUUCCUUUACAUUUGGGAACCAACCUUUUGCCCAUGUAGAGUCCCUCUUCCCACUGCACCAGGCCAAUAGCAUGAGACUAACAUCACAUUAGCAGAUAGAGCUUGAGAGUACCUCAGCUGUUUUCUCCAUGCACCAAAUGUCCCAUGUAACUGUUGCUAAGAUGUUAAGAAAAAAGUGCACAGGUUUGUACCAUAUAACAAUAGAAUUAUUAUAUAUUUUUUUGUUGUUGUUUUACAAUAGGUCUCCCAGCUAUAGAGUAGUGCACACCAAGUUGGAAUGUGGGACAAAAUGGCACACUCUGCUAUUUUAUGGGACGUUUUUUGUAGAUAAUACUGUUGGGUAUUUUAACCUGAUCAUAUAAAGAACCACACAGAGAGUAGUAUCACUUCAGCCUUUGCGAAGGGGGAGAGUCUCAGUGGUGCCUCAGGACAAAUCCAACUUCUCCCCAUGCAGCAGCCUGGUUUUAUUGAAAGCAGGGCGGGGUGUCGGUCAUAAAACAGAAACUUAAAGAUAAGGAGUAGAGGGGUCUCUCUGAACUAGCUGAAACCGGUUUCUCCGAGAACAGCAUGGUCCACCUCACCUUGUUUCCAGCUUAGAGUAGAGAGGCAAACUUAUUCAUGAGAUAACUAUUUGCAAAACUCUGACAAAUACGAUCAGAGAAGAGAAGCUGAUGAAAGUACUCUGCUUUAAUACAAAGUAUUUUCCUCAUCCACAGCAAGUCUGAAUCUGAUGAUGGUGGUGCAGAAACCUCUCCCGUAUUCCUAAAUUAGGAUGUUUGCUAUCAAAUGUCGUUCAGAUUUGAUCCCUACAGCAGCAGCAAAGUGGCUGAAUAGGAGUGAGGUAUGGCAGUAGGGUCCUGCUUGACUUCAACCUGAAAUAUUGUUUUGUGGCAACCUGACAAUAUUCAAACAUUAUUUGAUAUCCUGGGUUUCAGAGGGCAGUCUUCUGCUAAUGGAAGGCAAAAGGUGGUUCAACAUGUGUCACAGAACCAGCAGCAGCAGCCCCAAGUUGCUUGACGGUACAUUGUUUUGGUUCAUUAAACAAAAGUAAGGGGACAUACGUGUUAUGAAAUUGUUGCAUUUUAAGGUUUCUGAAGAGGAAUUGUGUUCUACAUUGUCACUGCAGGGACAGCAACUGGAAUAAGUUGACUGUGAAAGUGUACUAUAGAUGUUACUAACUUACACAGUACUUAUCUGCCACGUUCACUAUGUAACAGCCUGUGCCUAUUGUAGUAUUAUGGUUUGUUUAAUUGCUGUGGUACUAUGCUAAUGUGAUUUAAAUUUCUUCAUAUCAGUUUAACAAAAGGUACCUCUGUUUGCUAUGUGUAGAUGAAUUGGUUUAUAUUGUCUCUGUGCCAAGAAACAGUUAAAAAUUGACACAAAGCAUGCAUGCAUGCAUGUGUAUAUUAGCGCAGUACAUAAAAGAACAUUCCCUUUUAUAAUAACAUAUUGUGCUUAAUGUUUUCAUAAAAAAAAAAGAUUAUUUUUUUUUAAUUAUUUGACAAUUUUGUACAAUUUUUAAAUUCAAAAUAGUUACCAGCAUAUUUUGAGCUUAGCGUUCAUAAAAAAACAAGUUGUAGACACUCAACAAAUUGGAAUCUUGUUUGCUUAGCUUCAGGCUUUUUGUAGAUAAAACAUUUAAGGCUGUGUUUAUAAGGAAUAUUCUGCCUAAUACAGCAUUUUCUAUUUGUUUUCACAAAUAAUGGUUUAAGUAGUAAUUCCCCCACUUUGAGACAAUAAAGGUUAUAUCAGUUUCUGUUCUACUCCUAAUGGGAUUCUUGAAAAGAAAUCAGGUGCCUCUUAUGUUUCAUCCCAAGUCCCGACUUAACGAUUCAACAACAUGCUCAUUGCAUCAUAAUAUGAGUACUUAAGUAACAUCUGUGAUUUAUUUUAGUGGUUGUCCGAUCAACAUUGUUUUGUGCCAAGACAAAAAAACAAAAAAAUAUCAGGACUGUCAGCCUCAAAAUGACAGAUACAUUUGAGCUAAAUCAUACUAAUAAUAUCCAAAUUUAUUAACCUGCACCUGGAACUUCACCGUGAACAAAACUUUCCAAACAGUGCAAACCCCCCCCCCAAAAAAACACAACCAGUCUGUGAUUUAUGCUGCUUUCUUGCCUUUCUGGACAUAAAUAUUCUGAGUAUAUGGAUCCAUGUAGUUUUUUUUUUUUUUUUUGUAUCAAUCGGAUCUACAAAGAGAGGUUUAAAAUGUGAAUUUGAUGACUAUAUGCCAUUUCUCUUUAAGAAAUACUCAGUUCUCUGCUGCUCCUGCCAUUAUGUGGAUGAUACCAGCAAAAAUUAGUGCUGUCGCAAAAUGUCUUAAUAUGUUUGCUAGUGCUGUGCAAAUAUAAAAGUUUAUGUCAAGGAUGAUACUUUUACACGGCGACGCUGCUUGGUGCAUGCAUUUCUCUUGCUCUGUUUUUUUACGGCUGAGUUCAAGUCAAGAAAGAGCAGUAAUCAGUGUCAAAUGUUUUGUGAUAGUAAAGUGUGGGUUUUGUUUGGGUAUCUUGUCUGUCACAGUGUCCAGUGAUCACAGAAGGCUCUCAUUAUGUUCACGUAGCAAGAACAGAGAAUGAAGGACUUCUUCUUUUUUUAGGUAAAGCUGUGAAUGUGUAACUGGAAUACACAAUGCAAUCAUAAAACUGAGGAAACGUUUUAAGCAGUGUUUGUAAUAGUGGUGGCGAGAUGAAGAAAUUAGGAGGUGCUUUUUAUUCUUCAAGCCAACUGUGCAGAUGUUUACUACCUUAAGUAUAUUUUUUUCUUUUUUUUUUGCCAUAUCGCUCAUUUCACAGUGGCAGAAUUGGUAGUUUGUUAUUUGAAGGUUAUAAAUGUCAAGGACACUUUAGAGGAAGCACUUUGUACACAUAGAGCAUAUAUGUGAUAUUUAGAAAUGGUAUUCAGAUUUUGUAUCUUUUGCUAAAUCAAGUGUGUGAUUUCUAUGUUACUACAGAAUAGCAUUACGUUUUCUGGUCAGCACAAAAAUCAAACUUUGAGGAACCUUCAAUAUGAAUAAGCUUUGAUUUUGUUAUACAGAGUUUAUGUUUAUAUAUUAAAAAAACGUAUUUCACACUAACAGAUUGCUAGAUUGUUGUACUGUAAUGGAGUAUUUAAUGUUUCACAUAGAGUUUAUAGGUGAUUAAACCAGAUAGAACAUUUAUAAAGUCAUAUUAAGUAUAUGUUGUGUGAUAUAUUCAUCUUUUUAACUUCAUGUUGUUGUUUGUGUCGCUGUGUGAUUUCAGUUUUUCAUGACCACGAAGAACUUUAUGACAGUGGUGAAUUAUUUUGCAAUGAUGCGCGUUGGCCAGCAGCUUUGAGUUGAAGGCUGACUCUUGUCACUCUCUCGAGCCUGGAAGUAAUUUUGCUGGAAUCUUUGGUGGUCGGUUAAUGUUUUUGAAGCUAUCAGCAUCAUACCAUGUGCCGUUCAGUUUGUUAAGGAAAGUGCUUAAUUUGCCACUUGACUUGAGGAUUUACUUCAAGUCAAGUACUGAUUUGAGUAAAUCCUGUGUUUUUAGUUUUUACAAUGUUCCAUGGCUCCAGUCUGUCUUACUUCCUGUAUGCCCUCUGCCAUGUGUCAUUCGCCCCCCCCCCACCAAACUGGAAACAAACAAACAACAAAUAAAAAAUAAUAAUGUAGUCUAAGUUGAUAAACCAGUCGAUACUGGCUUCAUUAAUUGCUAUGACUCCGUUUUGUCUUUUUUUUUUUUUACAUCCAAGUUUUUUGUUUUUUUUUCUUUUUGCAUCCGAGAGCCAAUGUUCUUGUGUAAAAACUGCUGCUUUCUCUAGGGCCAAGAAACGUAUUGAUCCUUGAGGAUUUGUCUGUUUUGUUCUCUUUUUGGUGUUUAAUGUGUGAUCAAUAAGUUCUCAAUAAAAUAAAUAUAACAGCA